GGAACCACAGAGCAGAGUAUCCAUUUCUCAAGAUUUUGCCAAAAGCUAAGCUUAGCUAAGCUCUGCUAGCGCAUGGCUUGAUUUUACCGAAACACCCCUACCAGUCAACCUUCUUCCCUUCUGUCUACCCGUAAUUAUGCCCAAAUCCCUGUCCUCUUCCGUCCAAAACUGAAGCCAUCCCCUUCGGUCACAGUCCAGUCCCGGUCCCAGUACCCCCACUGCAGACACCACAGUCGGGGAGAGAGUGAGGAUUUAGAGAGCGAUUUGAGAUCGGUGGGAGCUGAUAAUGGACGGUGGAAGAGCGGAGGCGGAGCGGUGGCUCACGGCGGCGGAGAAGCUCCUGGCCACGCGCGACUUUCAUGGGACCAAGAGCUUUGCGAUCCGGGCCCGCGAGUCUGACCCCAGGCUGGAGGCGGCCGAUCGCAUGCUCGCGGUGGUCGACACCCUCCUCGCCGGCGAGUGCCUCAUCAACGGCCAGCAGCCCGAUUGGUAUGCCAUCCUCCAGCUCGGCCACCUCACCCAGAGCGUCGAGCUCAUCGCCGACCACUACCGGCGCCUUGCCCUCCUCCUCAACCCCGAGCGCAACCACUUCCCCUUCGCGGAUCAGGCCUUCAGGCUCGUCUCCGAGGCCUGGAACGUCCUCUCCAACCCCAACAAGAAGGCAUUUUAUGACAACGAGCUCCGCAUGAUCCAGCUCGGCCAUCUAGGGUUUCAGCCGCCCCCCAAGAAGAGCCCCAGGAACAAGGAGCCGCACGCCCCCCCACCCGCUUCCCAGGAGGAGCGGCCACCCAUCUUCGAGAAUGGCGCUGAGCCGUCUCGGCAGCAAGGCCGCGUGGGUCGCCCCCCAGCGGCGUCUUCGUCGGCGGCUCCUCCGCCGGCCGACUCCACUGACUCGGAGAGCUUCUGGACCGCGUGUCCUUACUGCUACAUGAUCUACGAGUACCCUCGGGUUUAUGAGGACUGCGCUCUCAAGUGCCAGGGCUGUGAACGAGCAUUCCAGGCGGUGGAGGUGGCGCCUCCGCCGGUGACCGCCAAGGAUACCUUCUACAACUGCUGGGCAUAUUUCCCGUUAGGAUUUACAGGAAAUGAUAAGGGCCCUGGCGACGGUCCCAGUUGGAAGCCUAUGUCAUCUAUGUUCAUCCCUCCCCCACAGAAACCGAAGAAACGGGGACAAAGGGCUGGUAAUACUGGCCCACGGGUCUACUACGAUGAUGAUGACAUCUACGUAGAGGUCUCAGACCCGAGCGACGACUCUGAUGAUGCUGACUGGAAUGGUUCUACAAAGAAGAAAAGGGGAAGACCUGCGAAAGUGAAGAGCCCUGCGAGCAAGAGUGUCACCAAGAAAACCCCGGCAGAGAGACAGGGCAGUGCCGGACAAAUCCCCACGGAGCAGAGCACUGUUGGUGGUGCAGAAAAUGUGGGAGCCAGGUCCACUGGGCAGCCCGUGGAGCGUGCUGAGACUAGCCGGAAGGGACCGGGAAACCCCACGAGGAAGCAAACGGGGCGAGGAGCAAAAGCCCUGGGGAAGCUCGACUUGAAUGUGGAGUUCAGCAAUGAGGUGGAAGAGCCUGCGCGGGCAGUGAGCGGUGGGAAUGGGAGAGGGCACGGGGAGGAGGACAACAUCGAGGGGACAGGUUUCUUCGAGGGCCUGGACGAGUUCCUAAGUAGUCUGCCUAUACUUUCUGUUGUGAAUGAUGAUAAAGUUAAGGCUGCUUAAUAAUUAGGUGAAAUGAGCUAGCGAGUAAGGCUGCUUUGCUGCUCCCUCUUCUUAAUGUUUUUGUAGGGCUGUCUUUGCUUGUUUGUUUGUACUUUGUUGUAUUUAAACAUGUAGAAGUUUGGGCGGUAUGCAUGCUCGCCCUGUUCCUUGUAGUUAAUUUAGUGUAUAUUUUGCGAGAGCAAUUUCAGCCCCCCCGGUCUCUGCUUCUUCGGGUUUAUUUAUCUCUUUUUGCGAGGUAGGAGGACUAGGUGGUAAUGAUGGAAUGUAUUGAACUGUUGUUUGCUCUCCCGCUACCUUUAAGCAUGUUUGUAUUUGCCUUGAAGCAUCAAGAUAGAAAAUGGUGAUGAGAAUGCAAGCCACCAAAAUUAUGGGUGGUCUCAUCUACUGUGAAGUUAGUCAGGGCUGCCAACUACUGGUAAAGCAUCUUUUUGUUUUGCUUUUGGUUGUGAUGUUGAAUGGGCUAUACAUGUCAAGGUAGCAUGCUUAAAAUAGUGUUUUUGGACUGUUGAAUCCAAGGGCAUGACUUGGAAGAGUUCCUUCUGAUAUGAGACAUCAUGAAAUCAACAAUUAGAUACACCUGUGUAGGGCGUGUCGAGAUAAUCAGACUACAAGAAUACUGCUCGAUAUCCUGUUCUUAGGGAUCUCUCAGUUAUGACAAACUGUAUUCUUCCUUUUCCCUUUAUCCAUUUGGUAUUUUUCAAAAACAAAGUUUCUGAUCAAUUUUCUGUGGUCUGGUGAUUUCUCUAGCUCAGACUAGAGAAUAGAGAUGCUGUUGCAGGGACUUCAUACUUGCAAGAAUACCAGAUGGAGGAACAUUUUUGAUGCCUUGGAGUCAGGUGUAUUUUUCAUUUGACAUUGCAGGAGGCAAGUCCUGGCUGAACAUUCAUAAUUCAUAAUCAAAGCAACAAGCUAGUUGAAGCUCGUCAUCUUCUGGAGGAGACCUCGCCUGAAGUGCCCAAACUGUCUGAACCGGAAUUCCCCGACCUCCCAAAUAUCCCAGGUUUGCCCAAGGUCGAAGUGCCUCAGUUUCCUGGAUUCCCAAGUGUGCCCAAGUUUGACUUCCCAUCCAUCCCAAAACCUGAGAUACCAGAUUUUCCCGACUUGCCCGACGUCCCCGAGCUCCCUAAGCCAACGGUGCCAUAGAUGAGCUCGCAUAACACCCAUGAGCUAGGCACUGAAAAAGAAGAAAAAGAAAGCAUGUACUAGAGUAACGUGUCCUUUAGUAUUUGACGUUAUAAUAUAUGAGUUUGAUCCGUGGGAGAUCAGUUUCGUGUCUCUGUCAGUCUAUGUUGUUUCAUGUUACUCUCGAGGUUGAGUUGUGAUUGGUGGGAAUAUAUCAUGUUUGUUACUGUCUAGCCAUAAUAUAGUAAAAUCUCGAGUUCUUGUGUU